AUGGAUCAGUACGAGGUGCUGGAGCAGAUCGGUAAAGGAGCAUUUGGCUCUGCUCUUCUGGUCAGGCACAAGCUGGAGAGGAAGAAGUAUGUGUUGAAAAAGAUCCGUCUUGCGCGUCAGACAGACCGCACUCGCCGGUCUGCCCACCAGGAGAUGCAGCUCAUUGCUACAGUGAGGAAUCCAUUCAUUGUGGAGUACAAGGAUUCAUGGGUGGAUAAGGGUUGCUACGUCUGCAUUGUUAUAGGGUAUUGUGAGGGAGGAGACAUGGCUGAAGCUAUUAAAAGAGCUAAUGAUACCCACUUUUCUGAAGAGAAGCUUUGCCAGUGGCUAGUGCAGCUUCUCAUGGCCCUUGACUAUUUGCAUGCACAUCACAUUCUUCACCGUGAUGUGAAGUGCUCGAAUAUAUUUCUUACUAGGGAUCAAAAUAUAAGACUUGGUGACUUUGGGCUUGCAAAAAUUUUGACCGCUGAUGAUCUAGCAUCCUCGGUUGUAGGAACACCAACCUAUAUGUGCCCAGAACUUCUGGCUGAUAUACCUUAUGGUACCAAAUCUGACAUUUGGUCACUAGGAUGCUGCAUGUAUGAAAUGACUGCACUCAAACCUGCUUUUAAAGCUUUUGAUAUGCAAGCCCUUAUCAACAAGAUUACCAAGUCGAUAGUAUCACCUUUGCCAACAAGAUAUUCUGGUGCAUUUCGAGGACUUGUUAGGAGCAUGCUACGGAGAAGUCCAGAGCACAGGCCAAGUGCAGCUGAACUACUUAAGCAUCCACAUCUACAACCGUACGUGCUGCAAGUGCAUUUGAAAUCACACCCUUCCCGCAGCAUAAUUCCUGUUCAUCAAUCUCCAAGUGAAAAGAGAAUGACAUUCACCGCAGAACCUGAUUGCAGAAGCAAGAGCAGGAGGAACUCUUUACGCAGUGAAAGGAUAGUAACCUUUAGCACACCUUGUCCUGAUAAAAAUUCUAUCAGGUCUAUUAGGAGUAUAAAGGACUACACCACCACACAGAGUGUCAAAGAGCUAUCCAUUGAUGACAGCCAGGUUGAGGUUACUAGUAAACCCGUAGCAUCAAGGACCUCAAAUGUCGUGAAGACUCCGUGGAAGAUGAUGACAACUCUAAGGAAUCGGCUAGAAGCUCCACAAGCAUCAUAUGAUAGAACAAGUCAUACAGAGUUUUCAAGAACACCAGUUGACAACAGGCACAGCCAUCUGGCCCGCAGAGCAUCACUUCCCCUGCCAGUAUUUGAGACCCCGAACCCGAAGCGCAGCAGCAUGAGCAUCCUGGAGCAGCUGGAGUCCCCUGACGUCUCCGUGAACUCGCCUCGCAUCGACAGGAUCGCCGAGUUCCCGCUAGCUUCGUGGGAGAACCCCGUGUUCUCGAUCGUGAAGCCCUCGACACCCACCGCCGGCGGCUCCUGCUCCUUCGCCACGCCUCCGUUCGUGGACCGGUCCCUCACCAAGGACAAGUGCACGGCCCAGACGCUCCGGUCGGCAGCCGCCGACGGUGACAACGGCAGGAGCGAUGACGACAUCGGCGGUGACUCGUCCUCGGGUCGCGACACCACGGCGGCGGCGGUGGCGGCGUCGAGCCACGGGUCCUCGGGGUGGUUGCUGCUGAGACAGCAGCCGAAGGGGCGGUUCGACACGACGUCGUACCAGCAGCGCGCGGAGGCGCUGGAGGGGCUGCUGGAGUUCAGCGCGCAGCUGCUGCAGCAGGAGCGGUACGAGGAGCUCGGGGUCCUGCUGAGGCCGUUCGGCCCCGACGAGAAGGUGUCCCCCAGGGAGACGGCCAUCUGGCUCACCAAGAGCUUCAAGGAGGCAACGGCCACAGGCUUGUAG